GAUAACUAUUGUUUUAAAUACAGUUUUCGUUCGAAUUGUGCACAGUUGGUAUGUUCAUAUUUGGAAUAGUGGAACUCUCACCAACCGGAUUACAAAAGCGACUAAGUUGAAGAAGUAAAUACGUGGAUUAAUAUUUGAAAAAUGGCUAGGAAACGAUGACAGAUAUGUCUUCAUCGGGCAGCGCUCCCUCUCCAGUGGUUUGCCCGUUGGCUAAAUUAGGUCGUUUGUCGCCGUCCAACGUACGAUUACCAUACGGUAGCAGUCCGAUAGCGAACCGCAGGUUUAAAUCGACCUCGUCCGAAUCAUUGGAUUACAAAUCAACGCCGCCGCCGCCGCAGUCGGAUUAUAUAUGUUGCGCUAACCGGAACACGUAUUCUUUGCGGUAUGCGGAUCCGCCGUCGUCGUAUAAUCAGCAUCAGCAGCCGACCACCGUGUUUUAUGCCGCUGACGACGACUCAGGUGGUGGUGAAAAAGAUGAUUUCUUUCGAACGACGUUGACAUCUGUGCAGGAUCGCGGGUCGCCGUAUUUGGAUCAAGGCUACCAUACUUUGAUGCCAGCAGUGAAUCCGGCAGCAUGGCCAAUGCCCAUUACGACACCGGUAGUAGCCACCAGCAAGUAUACCAAAAGAUCACCAUCGUCCAAAUACAGCUACUUCGAUCGGUUACCAGACGACGUUAUUUUACACAUAUUCAGCUGGCUUGGCACUAAUGAACUGUGCUCAUCGUCCAGAGUCUGUCGCCGAUGGUAUAAUCUAGCUUGGGAUCCGUCUCUGUGGAGUACGAUCACUUUACAUGGUGAACGAAUCUGCGCCGAUAAGGCGAUCAAGAGCAUUCUACGAAGGCUGUGUGGACAGGGCCAGAAUGGCAGUUGUCCUGGAGUCAAACAGUUGUUUAUUUAUGAUGGAGCUAAGAUCACCGAUAAAGGAUUAACAUCGUUGUCUCGAAGGUGUCCCGAAUUGACUCAUGUGCAGUUGCAAAAUUGUCCCACGUUGACUGAUUCUUCGAUUUCCGAGCUGGUGACGAGGUGUCCUUGCAUACAAAGGCUUGAUCUAACUGGCUGUUCGUUGGUAUCCUGCAUCGAUAUAAUACUAGGGCCCGAAUUACCUCAGAAAUUACUCGUACAAUAUUUAGACGUGACGGAUUGCAUUUCAAUUCACGAUUCUAGUCUGCGUAUUAUUUUACGUAACUGCCCUCAGCUGAUGUACUUGUACCUGAGAAGAUGCAGUAGAAUAACAGACGCCGUAGUAAAAUUCGUACCGUUUUAUUGUUCUUCUCUCCGCGAGCUGAGCGUUUCCGACUGCCAUCUGAUAACGGAUUUCGCCCUGUACGAGUUAGCCAAGCUCGGAUCGAACUUGCGGUACUUGUCGGUGGCAAAAUGCGGCCAAGUUAGCGACGCUGGACUGAAAGUGAUCGCGAAACGAUGCUAUAAAUUGCGUUACCUCAACGUACGAGGUUGCGAAGCGGUCAGCGACGAUGCUUUGGCAGCAGUCGCUCGCUCAUGUCCUCGUCUGCGAGCUUUGGAUAUCGGUAAAUGCGACGUAUCCGACGCUGGUCUCAAAAUACUCGCGGAAAGUUGCCCUAAUUUGAAAAAACUUAGUCUAAGGAAUUGCGAUCUUGUGACCGAUCGAGGUUUACAAUUCGUGUGCUAUUAUUGUCGAGGGCUGCAACAGUUGAAUAUUCAAGACUGUCAGAUAUCCUUAGAAGGGUACAAAGCGGUUAAAAGGUUUUGCAAAAGGUGCAUUAUCGAGCAUACGAAUCCGGCUUUCUUUUAAGCUCGUAUAUUGCUCUCUGGAAUCGUAGUAAGGUAUCCUUUAGUUCUUUAAAAGACUGCGGUUACGAGAUUAUAGGUGCCCUUUUUUUGAUUUUCAAAUUGUAGUAUUACCAAACCUUUUACAUAGUACUUUUGUUCGUAUCUUUCGUAUUUUUUUUUUUUGCCAUUUUGACUGUGAUUUUUAUUAUGUUUUUGUAGGUAUUCUUUUGUAUAAAAGGUAUUUUCCCCCCCUCUGUUUUUUUUCUCUAGUGCCUUUUUCUUGUCCCUUUAUGUACCCCAUUGCGGAUCUUUUUUUUAUUUUUUUCGAAACGUAAUGGUGGUCGGUGUUAGUUAGAAAUGAAACGAAAACUUGUACCAACGUUACUUAAGAAUAAUGAUGGUUAAAAUAUAAAAAUUUUUGUUAAUUUUUGUCUUCCGAUAACGCCGAAUAUAUUAUUUAACUUUUAUGCUUUAAUUACCAGUAUUAAUAUUAGAGUUAGAUUUAUUAAUCGAUAUUAGUACUUAGUUAACGUUGUUUUAAAUACCAGUAUUUUGUUUUGUUUCAGCUGUGAAAAGAUGUAGUAGUAAAACUGAGUAUUUUUUUACGAAUUUUUUUUUUCUUUUGUAUCAUAGAAAAUAUAUCAUUUUGAUGAUGA